AUGCAUAGAAACUGUUCCUCAAAGUCCGCAUUUUGUUUCCAGUUUCUCGUCUUCACCUUCCUCAUUCCACUGUCAUCCGCAAUCCCGCACAAACAGGGACCGCUUCACAAGCGGCUGGAGGCGGUAUGCGCGGGGUACGCGCUGCACCACCUCCUGUCGUCCAAGCUGCCUGCCGGCGUUCCGAAUACCAGCGCCGCGUAUUCCCAGCAGCAAACCCAGCAGCGGCCGUUGCGCCUGGCUGUGUUAUGGCUGCCGGAUCGAGCCAUGCCGCACGCCACGCUCAACCACGUGCUGGGCCCUCUGCCUCCCCCAAGUGCGCUCGGCGCCGCGCAAAGCGGCAGCCAGCAGGGCGAGCAUGCGCAGGAGUCGCCGUCGUUCCCGCCGGAUGCGUCGGACGAAGCCCUCGUGCUGCAGCACCACCCAAGCUGGCUCAACUCGCCGCUCUAUACCUACGGGCCGAUAUCUCAAGAGCAGCUGCAGCAGCAACAGCAAAAACUCUCUGGCACGUUCUCCCCCUCCUCCUCCCACCCCCUUCCCUCCGCGCAUCGCCCUCGCCGCCUGCGCGUCGGCUUUUUCCUCUCCGCCUCCCUUCCCCCAAUGGCCGCCACUCUUGCUGACGUGGAGGAUUCCCAGCUCUACACUUCCCUCCAGCGCUGCUACAGCCUGCUACAGCCUUCCACAGCCGUGCAGGAGCUGAUAGCCAAGGAGAACAUGACACGUGUCCAACAGAGCACAGCGGUUUAUAUGGAGCCUGUAGCGCUCUCCCCUAAAUCCCCCCUUUGCACCGGGUGCGACCCUAAAUGUACGGUCAACUGCACGGCUCGCCGGCUCAUGUGGUUUUUUCUCGGGCAGCCCGACGGCGACGCGACGGUGGCAGGUUUCUGGCCGUCGCAGGCGCUGGCUGUGGCGCAGACCUUCCAGCCAUCCCGCCAACCGCACCUCCUCCGCGCAACCCUGCGCCGCUCCGCCCUCUGCCGCCCCAACCCCGCGUGGGGGGAACCGCUCCCUCCGCCGAUCGUCCCCGCGGAACCAACUCCGCGGGAGAUCGCUGAGCGGGGAUGGUUGGGAAAGCUAGGCUGGUUUGACAGGCGGCUGGAAAUUAGCGGAGGGGGAGGCGGAACUAGUGGGGCACGAGGCGCAGGGGGGAUAGGGUUUGGUAGCGGCGGGAGUGAGGGUGCGGAGCAAGGAGCGCGGGGAGUGGGCGCAUGGAUAGAGUGCGCGCAACUAGAAGCGGCGGAGCUGUUCGCGCUGUCUGCUGCGCGGGGGCUCAUUCACCUGCAGCACUCCCCCCAAGCGGACCUCAUCCGCGCGCAGGCCUCCGCCAAAGGCAGAACCCCCCUUGUGCAUGACGUGCUGGUCGCCCCGGAGAGCUUUCCGCGGAGAGCGGGGGGCGCGCCAACGGCAGCGGAGGGGAGCAGCGGGGAGGAGGGCGGGGAGGGGAGCGGGGAGGGGGGCUCAAGCGCGGAGCGCGGAGUGUUUGAGGUGGAGCGCGGGCUGUGCCAUGCGCCGGCCAUGGUGCCUAUCAACAAGCACCGCAUUGGGAAGCAGCUGAUCGUGGAUGACACGGUGGGCAUGGUCUACUGUGCAGUGCAGAAGGUGGGUUGCACCAGCUGGAAGGUGUGGAUUCGCCAGCAGCACCACCACCCCAACCCCAACCAGCUACUAGACACCCACCUACCAGCCACCAGCAACGUCACCGAGGUUUGGUACUCGCUCUCCGAACCUGAUGCCAUCCGAGCCAUCACCCGAACCGACUACACCAGGUUCGUGUUCGUCCGGCAGCCCUUCACCAGAAUCGUAUCUGCGUAUCUCAACAAGCACGUGGCGGGCGGCGGGCCGGACGGGUUCGGGCGGCAGUUCUGGACGAGAAAGUUUUUCGGGCAGCUGUGGGCGCUGCGGGCGUUGGACGGGCUCAGAUUCCGGGCAAACGAAGGAAAUUCAUCUGCUGGAGGGUUGGAAGGGGGCGAAGGGGUAGCAGCAGCAGGAGCAGCGGCAGCAGCGGCAGCAGCAGCAGAAGUGGGGGUUGGGAUGAAGAGCGGCAGCUGGUGGGGAGUGUGGAAGGACAAGAUAGAGAUGGAGAUGGGGCGUCUGCUGUCGUUUGAGGAGUUUGUGCGACUGCUGGGGGAUGCCUGGGACGAGGACAGGCGCUGGUUCCUGGAUGAGCAUAUUGCCCCUCAGAACAUCCUGUGUGGGCUGGACCGCAUACGCUACGACUACGUGGGGCGCUUUGAGAGCAUGGACGCGGACGUGAAGGCCCUCAUGCACCGCUUUGGGAGGGACCCGGGCGACGCCUUUGACUUUGGCAAGAAGAUCCACCCCACCAAGUCCAGAGACCAGCUGCAGCAGAUGUUCAGUAAUAAGGAGACGUACGACAUUGUGAGGCGAGUGUACGGCAUGGACAUGCAUGCACCCUUGAACAACAUCUCCUACGACCCUCCUGAGGAGCUCAGCAGAAUCUACGAAGUGGGGGCUGCUGGGCUGGCGGGCAGCGGAGGCCUCCUGGACUCUAAGAGUGCGGGCAGGCGCCUCAACAACAUGCUCGUCUACGUGCCACGCUGGUACCCUGCUGCUGCUAGAGAAACAGCCACUACUGCUGCUGCUGCUGCUGCUGCUGCUGCUGCUGCUGCUGUCGGUGGUGGUGCUGCUGCAAGGUGUAUGGAUGUGCGGCAGAGCGUGGUGCUGCUGAAUAGCAGCAAGAGCUGUUCUUGA